AUGGUGCGCAAAAACCCAGGAACUUACACAAGCAUAAAAAGAGAUGGGCAGAAUAGAUUUGCUUACAUGUUCUUUGCUCCUGCGACAUCACUAGCUGGUUUGUCCUACUGUAGACCCGUUAUUGCAGUAGAUGCAAUGUUUUUAAAGUCAAAAUAUUGUGGUGUUCUAUUUGUUGUUGUAUCAAAGGAUGCAAACAAUCAAAUCUUUCCUCUAUGUUUUGGUGUAGCAGAUUCAGAAAAUAAUGAGGCAUAUAUUUGGUUCUUCGGGGAAAUGAGAAAAGCAAUUAAAGUCCGCCGUGAACUGGCUUACAGGUUUGGUUGCAUUUUAAAAAAGUACGCAAUGACUUCAGCGAGAAAAAACUUCAGGUGA